UAUAGCUUCACUCUGGAGCGUCCACUCCAUUGUGAUCUCAACUGCUUCAUGUUUGCAGACUAGCGACACACACCGUCCCUGUCAUGGAGUCACAGGUGAUGACCAACCCCGGGGAAAUUGCCAGGCUCUACAGGGAACUCAGCCUCUUCCCUUCUUUAAGCAGAGCAGAUUUGGGACCUGUUGUCACCUCUCAGUAUGGAGGCAAAUACAGCAACAUCUACACAGAAUGGAGCCAGCGUGACCUGGAGAGAAAUGAGAAUGUCAAGUUUUGCCGACAGUACAUUGUAUUCCACGAUGACAAGUCGGUGGUCUACUCUGGAGCCUCAGGAAAUUGCACUGAGAUCAAAGGAGAGUUGCUAAGUAAGGAUUCCCCUUCGGGUGAAAUGAAGGCUGUUGUCAGAGAGUGCACAAUCAAAGGAGAGGACAAACAGUUCCUGGAGAUCUGGACUAAAAACAUCAAGAUGAAGAGCAUCAAUCUGACAGCCCUACAGAAGCAUGGCAAAGUCUAUGAAGACGAGCAGUUUGGCUGCUUGGUUUGGUCCCACUCUGAGACCCAUCUCCUGUAUUUGGCAGAAAGGAAGAGACCUAAGGCAGAAUCCUUUUUCCAGACUGAGUCACCAGAGUUGUCUUCCAUUGGGGACGAGGAGGAGACCAUGAGAGUGGAGAAAAAGGAGGCUGUAAAAGGGGAGCAGUUUGUCUUCCAUGAGGACUGGGGAGAGGCACUAGUCAGUAAGAGCUGUCCAGUGCUCUGUGUUUUGGACAUCGAGGGUGACAACGUCUCUGUGUUGGAGGGAGUGCCUGAAAAUAUUUCGCCUGGACAGGCAUUCUGGGCUCCUGGUGACACAGGUGUGGUGUUUGUAGGCUGGUGGCAUGAGCCUUUCAGACUUGGACUCAAAUACUGUCCGAACAGGAGGUCAUCUUUGUUCUAUGUGGAUCUCAUGGGUGGGAAAUGUGAGCAGCUGUCAUCAGGCACCAGUGCAGUGUGCUCCCCCAGGCUGAGCCCAGACCAGUGUCGGAUUGUCUACCUGGAGUGUUCUGUCUAUGGACCACACAUGCAGUGCAGUAAGCUCUGUAUGUAUGACUGGUAUACUAAGAAGACCUCAGUAGUGGUGGAUGUGGUGAAGCGACCUGGAGAGGAUGGCUUUACUGGUAUCUACAGCUCCCAGUUGUCCCCUCAGUGCUGGUCAGCUGACAGUCAGCGUGUUAUUGUUGCUUGUCCUCAGCGCAGCCGCAAGGACCUAUUGAUGGUGGAUAUAAGCACUGGGAGCAUCACCUCUCUGACUUCAAAGUCUGAUGUUGGUAACUGGUGUCUGUUGAACAUUGAGAGAGAUCUGAUGGUGGUCAGCUGCUCCUCUCCAAACUGCCCUCCAAGUCUGAGGGUGGGUUUUCUUCCAGCCAGGGAUUCUCAAGAAGAAGUGGUCUGGGUUACUUUGGAAGACUCCCAGACGUUGCCAGAUAUUGAUUGGCAGAUCUUGACUUUCACUCCUCCCCCAGAGCAAGACAACAGUCAAUAUCCUGGCCUUGAUUUUGAAGCUCUGCUGAUCAAACCAAAGGAGGUUAAGGAUGGCGUGAAGCUGCCUCUUAUUGUCACUCCUCAUGGCGGUCCCCACUCAGUGAUUGUAGCUGAAUGGCUUCUGUCCGCGUCUGUGCUGUGCAGGAUGGGCUUUGCUAUAUUACUGGUGAACUAUCGUGGCUCUCUAGGGUACGGCCAGGACAAUAUCCUCUCAUUACCUGGCAAUGUAGGCACCCAGGAUGUCAAGGAUGUACAGUUUGCUGUUGAAAGUGUUCUGAAAGGUGUCGAGUUCGACGCCAAGAAGGUGGCAGUUUCUGGGGGCUCACACGGUGGUUUCCUGGCCUGUCAUCUGAUUGGCCAGUACCCAGGGUUCUACAAGGCCUGCGUGGCUCGCAACCCAGUCAUUAAUUUGGCCUCCAUGAUUGGCAGCACUGACAUCCCAGACUGGUGCAUGGUUGAGGCUGGCUACAACUACAGUACAGACUGUCUACCUGACCCUGCUGUUUGGGAGCAAAUGCUUAACAAGUCCCCCAUUAAGCAUGUCACAGAGGUACAGACGCCAGUAUUGCUUACCUUAGGGGAGGAUGACAAGCGUGUGCCUAACAAGCAAGGAAUUGAAUAUUACAGAGCUCUUAAAGCAAAGCAAGUCCCAGUCCGGUUGCUGUGGUACCCAGGAAACAAUCACUCUCUGUCCAAGGUGGAUGCUGAGUCUGAUGGCUUUAUGAACAUUGCUCUGUGGAUAAUUCAGCACUUGUGUCAGUGAUGGUAAAAGAUAAAUACAUGGCAGCAUGCUGUUGUUGCUGCCAGGAAAAGAUAGCAGGACACUACUGUGUGUGUGUAAGGGAUAUUCUGUUCCUUCUUCCAGUGCGGUGUGAGGUCCAAUCCAAAGCCAAAGCAUUGAAAGUGCUCUCCAACCAGAACACACUUUGUAUAACUGUACUUUAUUUGUAAUCUGUCUGUGGCUAUGAUGAUUGCCACUAUGACUUCCUCCAAUAAGUGGAUGGGGAGAUAAUAGUUUUAACACAGUGCUAAAUCUAAGCAGUUUUGAUGCAGUUUUGAUUAAUCAGACAUGUUUUUUUUUUUUCUUUUGCAGUCUCUACAUUCACAGAAAAUGAAGGGCUUUUCAGUAUGCUAGUUGUCUUUGAGGUGAUAUUAACAAUUAGUGUCUUAAUCAGUCUUUUCUCUGCUCAUUGUAACUGUUUUUAAAAAAAUCAAUAUUGUUUUGAUUUCAUGAAUUUCAUGAUACAGUGCACUUAAUAAAAGCCAUUGUGAAAAUAC